GAGGGAGGGAUGCGGGCGGGAGCCCCGGACAAGCUGCGCGUCGCUCGGAGCAGGGCGGCAGGGGUGUGUUCCCCCCGGAGAGACAGGCCGAGAGAAGAGUCCCCCAGCACCAUGGAGCCACGCACUGCAGGCUGCUGUGAAAGGUGACGGUGGAAUGAAAUGCAAAGCGCCUGACGCUCGACUCUAAACCUUUACCUGCUGCUGCGGAUAGAGGUGACGAUAUACGUGACUGCAUCAAGUGUGUGUGUGUGUGUGUGUGUGUGUGUGUGUGUGAAGCCAACAGCAGCAUCAUGUUCUACGGUUCUUCCUCCGGGGCCAGUAUGUCCCUGCCGUCCAAGAGUCGCCUCAAACGCCAGAGCAGGACCUUCACACAGGUCCUGUACCGUACUCUGAGUUACAGAGACCGUGUUCCAGCGGAAACUGGAACCAACACCCGCGGGGACCGGCGCUCGACGACCGCCUCCCCAGAGCGGCCGACGGACGACCCGGCCGAACUGUCCACACAGAGCUCCGCCCCGGGGGUGCUGAAGAUCUUCGGAGACGAAAUAUGCGCCGGUGCCAACUACAAGAGCGUCCUGGCCACGCCGCGCUCCAGCGCGCAGGAACUGGUCAAGGAGGCACUGGAGCGCUACUCGCUCAACAAGGACGCCGCCCACUCCUACGUCCUGUGCGACGUGAUCGGACGCCUGGAGGGGGGCGGCGGGAUAGGGGAGGUGGGCUGGCGGACCGAGUGCCUGCGCGCGAUGGGGGACAACGAAAAGCCGCUGUUGCUCCAAGAGCUGUGGAAGCCCCGAGAGGGACACGCUCGCAGGUUCGAGCUGCGCAGGAGAGCAGAGGUGGAGGAGUUCAACGCCAAGGAGAAGGACACCAUCACUGCUGGGCCCAAAACCCCCCAAUUCCUGGCGGCUCUAAUGGGUCGGUCCGGACUUGGCAAACACAGGAGCUCCCCCCUACGGUGUGGUCGAGUGGUACAAUCCGGCUCUAAAGACAUUAACGCCCAAGCUCGUAAGCUCCAGAGGAACCGGGCGAAGGGGACGCUGACUCUGCCCCGGUCCAGCAACUCAUCCCUGUGCCGCAGCCUCAGUGAAACCAGCCUCGACCAGCUGGGAGUAGGAGAGGAGCCCAAACGUUAUUACUCCACCCUGCCAGGGCCCUUGAGGGCCCGCGAGCGUGAGGUGGCCGCCAGUGGCCGGAGGAAAGAGGAGGGCGGUCAGGGAGGGGUGAGGCACUCUCUGUACCAGUCGCCACAUCUCCUGCUGCUACAGGGAUACAACCGGCAGGACUGCCUGGUGUACCUGCUGAACAGGGAGCAGCACACGGUCGGCCAGGAGACCCCGUCGGCGCGCCCCAACAUCUGCCUGUUCUCCCCCGACAUCCUGCCUCUCCACUGCCGCCUGCGCCGAGUCCCCGCGCCCCGUCGCCACGCCAACAGCGGCAGCAAGGGAGACGAGCCGGCGGAGAAUCCGCGGUCCUGCGUCGCCGUCGAGCCCGUGCUCCACGCCGCGGUCCUGGUGAACUUCUCCCGCUGCGAGCGCUCCACCACGCUGCGGCACGGCGACCUCCUCUCGUUCGGAGCGCACUACAUCUUCCUGUACAAGGACCCCACGGGCGCCAAGCCCCUGCCUGCCCAGACCCUGGCGCGCCUCCGCACCCUGGGGCAGCUGUACGACGCCGGCGCGGAGGACGGAGAGGGCGGCGGCGCUCAGACCUGUAAGAUGUGCGGCUCUGUGCUGAAGGACAGAGCGGCGCAGGUGUCCAGCGUGCCGGCGGUGAGGCGCACCUUCAAACCGCACCUGGUGAAACCCCGCUGCGGGGCGGCGAAAGCGGGAGGACCCCUGGGUUUGUCAGGAGGGGACGGAGGAGGCGGAGGAGGAGCAGGAAGAGGGGGAGGAGGAGGUCAGAAAAGGAGGCUCCAGCUGGACUUUGACCAGACUCACGAAGACCAGCUGUUGAACAGAAUCGUGUCCCUCAUUGAACCUGGAGGAGACGACCACAAGCUGACACCAGCCUACCUGCUGUGUCUGUGCAUACAACACUCGGCCUCAACCUUCCCGCCCGGGAGCUUUGGGAAACUGCUGCUCAAGAUCGUGCGGCGCAUCCAGACCAUCGCAUGGGAGAAGACAAAGGAGCUGGCUCAGAGGCAAGCUCAGCACCAGGACCCAGCCUCCCUGUCGCUGCUCAGUAUCUCAGACUUGAUCCCGGACCUGCAGAUCAUCUUCUUCUGGAUGUCCAACUCCAUUGAGAUCCUCUACUUCAUACAGCAAAGAGCACCGGCGUACACACACAGCAUAGAGACACUGCAAGGUUCAAAGGAGUCGUUGCUAUCGGCGACCAUAUCGGCCAAUGAGGAGGCGAUGACCAUCUUGGAAGAAGUGAUCAUGUACACUUUCCAGCAGUGUGUCUACUAUGUCACCAAGGCCCUUUAUGUAGUGUUGCCCGGUUUGUUAGACUGUAAUCCAUUCCCGGUCGACAGCUCUGAGCCCUGCUGGAAAGGAGGUGUGGGGUUUCCUGAACCUAUUCGCAGGGUCCUGCAGGUGUUUCAAAAUGCCCAGGAGCUUUUGCAGAGCUACGACGUCCACCCGGAGAUCCAGGCUCAGAUGUUUGCGUACCUCUUCUUCUUCUCCAACGUGUCGCUGUUUAACCAGCUAAUGGACAAAGGUCCGUCUCGGGGCUGGUUCCAGCGCUCCAAGGUGCUGCAGAUUCAGGCGUGUUUGCGGAUGCUCAUGGAGUGGGCGAGGAAAUCCAGUCUGGGGCACCUGGCCGACAAGUUCUUCACCAAACUCAACAGCGCUGUGUCCAUACUGGCCACGCCCCCACAGCAGCUCACACAGCUGAGCUGGCGAGCGUUGUCCAGUGAGCACUCGACUCUGAAACCGGUCCAGCUGCACAGGAUUCUCACUCAGUACCAGCUCACAGCAGAGAUCGGCCCCGUCCCAGUGUGGCAGCCCAGCAGCGAGGACGAGGCUUACAUAUACAGAACAGUGGACCUCCUGGAGAGCUUCGAGAACCACCCUCCCAUCGUGUUGCCCAGCGCCGGGUUCAGGGUGGACCUGGACAGCGAGUGUGUGGAGGACAGCAUCUACAGGCAGCUGCUCUACGUCCGCCACUACCUGUGGGGGCUGCGCGCCAAGACGCAGUCGCACGCCAACGCCGCCGGCGUGGUGCACACGCACUCCAACGGCACCAACACCACCGCCGACUGGCCCGACGUCCAGAGGGAGCUGUUGCCUCCGGCCCACAGCAGCCCCCGCUCCGGGGGUCCCGGGGACGAGGCGGCGGCCGAGACGGCGGAGGAGAGGGGACGGGACAGACCCCCGGCCCAAACGCCGCACACACACAGCCUCAGAAGGAACGGCACCGUUCACCACGCGCGGACCGCAAAUCCCGACCCGUCCUGCCUCUUGACCCCUCCCAACACCCCGCUGUACCCGGAGGGAGGGGGAGGAGGAGGAGGGGGGCAUGGGCCGAUCAUAGGCCCCAACACCCAGACCAACGGCUGCGGCAGCAGAACUGUGGCAGAGUGUAAGAAGAGCAACGGACUCAUCGCCAACGGACUGGAGGGGUGUAUAAGUGGGUGUGAGUUUCCUUUCCCUGUAUCCUCCCCUGGCGCCCCUCCCCUUCCUGAUGACUUGUGUGUGGUGUUUGUAGUGGAACUGGACAAGGGACCCUACGGACUGGGCAUGGGACUCAUCGACGGCCUGCACACUCCUCUCAACGCUCCGGGCAUUUACAUCCGGACUCUGAUCCCCGACGGACCGGCUGCCUCCGACGGCCGGCUGAGGAUCGGAGACCGCAUCCUGGCGGUGAACGGCACCAGUCUGAUAGGAGCGGACUACCAGAGCGCGGUGGACCUGAUUCGCCUGGGAGGAGGGCGACUACGUUUCCUGGUGGCCAAGUCUGACCCCGAGGUUUCGGAGAAGAUCAGCGCCUCCUCCUGCUGACCGGCUGAGAAAAAACGCGCACACUCCAGGAGAAGUGAUGGGAUGCAGAUGUGUGUUCCGAUGAACAGAGUACACACACUACCCCCCCCCCCUCCCGAUCUGGACACGCGCUGCAUGAAAUACAAAUGCGGAAACUGAAGUCAGCACAGCACAAAGCCCAAGCCAAUCAAACUGGAGAUAACGCUCCAUGACGCCACUCCGCGGCUGCCAGACCAGACCUGCCUCCCCUCACGCCGGCCCCUGCAGGCUCCGAGUGACGGGCGAGAUCUGUAAACCCACCGUCGAGACGUCGAGAGGGAAGACCGCCGCGGGGAAAAGUUGCCUAGUCGUGAAUCAGUGUUCGAUGUGGACGAGGUUCCAACCGGCCAGGGUGAAGUCUGAAGUGGUUUAAAAAAGCACAGUAGAUGAAUAGCAGGGUUCUAAAGUCUCAUCGGUCAGAACCCCGGAGCAUGUUUGUGCACACUGGACUUUUUUCCCGCCCCGUGUUUUAGAAAAAUUUGUAUUAGUAAUGAAUUAGCAUGAGGAACCCAGCGACACUUCUGUGUGCUCGUCCCAACAUGGAGGUUGUCUCCACGUUCGUCUUGCACAGGGCUUUUAGAGCGGAAUGUUUUAUAAACCCGUUUGCUGGUAACAAAGAAAACAUUAUUACGGUAAUGCUCAACUCAACAGGCUUAAACCCGCGUGUGUGUGUGUGUGUGUGUGUGUGUGAAUGAAUGUUGACUCUGAACGUCGCCUGAGGCCUAAAGACGUCCAAACCCCACAUUUAACCUCAUCAUUGAACUUAACCUCCACUGGGGAGAGAAAAAGAUGAAGUCACACACACACACACACACACACACACACACACACACACACACACACACACACACACACACACACACACACACACACACACACACACACACACACACACACACACACACACACACACACACACACACACACACACACACACACACACACACACACACACACUCGUGAAUAUACGCUGUACGUAUCCGGUUGAGGUGUAAAUAAUUGUAAAUAUUUAACACUCACUUGGACUUGAGAGGAAAAACGGCAUUUUGGGGAACGUUUUUUCCAGAAGUAUCAUUUGAUCUGUUGUUACUGAAAUCUACCGAGGAGGAAAGAGAGAGAGAAAGAAUCGUAGAUGUGGAUUGUGUAAUUUUUCCAAUCAAUACAAAUAUGGGCUGCGUUACCAUUCACACGGGUCGUUAAAGGGUCACUACACCUAAAUGACAGAAGAAAAAGAAGCAGAUUUUGGUUUUAUUAAACUUAGAUUCUGAGGCUACAUCCACAUGACGACACUUUAGUUUUGGUCAAACCUUUUUAGUUUGAGAACCUUGAAAAUCACCCGCACUCACUUCCUGAUUGGUUCUCGGAUGCAAAAAAUGUUGCUCCAACUCAACUUCGCACCGAGAGAAAAUCAAAUCCCUGCUCCUUCAUUUCACCAUUGCCGUUUCUCGUUUGCAGUAUUUUUUUCUGUGACUAAUGGGGUGUGUUAGUACGGACGGACUUCACCUCAGAAUACCGAGCUGAAGCCGGUCUUCUGGACGGAGAUAGUUUUCAGUUUUAGAACGUGGAUGUAGCCUGAGAUGUGCGUCGGUGAGAUGCCCAGGAUCAUCAGAGCAUCAAGAGCAGUGACCCUCGGUGACCAGACCUUUCUGUGGGGAGAGGAAAACACCCCACAGCUGCAAAGGAAAAGUAUUUUCAUGCUGAUAAUCCGCUGAUUAUUCCUAAAUCAGUGAAUUAAAUCAUUCAGUCUGUUGAAUUUCGAAAAGCUUUUCUUGUCCAAUCAAAAGACCAAAGCCCGGAGACUGGAGUGUAACCAGUAACAUAUUUAACUUGACUGAUUGAUCGACUGCACUUAUUUCAGGACUAAUGGUUUACAUUUUUGUGGGUUUGAUUAUUGUUGCACUGUCUUUUUCAUUUUAAUUUCAAAAUGAUUCCACAUGUGAAAUAUUCUGUUUCCUUUUCCCCAUCAGUUUCAUUUUGCUCUCAAUUUCUGAUUCUGUUCCUGACUUUGCAGUUUUGCAUUUCAAGGUUUGUUGACCUCAAGUCUGUCUGUUGUUCUCUGGUCAUUAUUUAUACUGUAAAAAAAAAUAAAAAAUGAUGGUACUUAUUAAUAAAGACUGUUGGAUAAUUGCAA